AUGUCCAGUAAGUCAAUCCCAGCAAAAACGGGCAAGAAAAAGGAUGUGGACAAAAAACAAGAAAGCUUAAUUCAACCUGUGUUGGACCCCACCAUUCCAUUAUUCCAACUCUUUCGUCCUCUGUUAGGAUCAAGAAGCUCAACCAACAAAAGCAAACUUUUCCUACCUUCGUUCAGUCUCUGCCUCUCUGCCUCACAUCUAUAUCAUAUUCCUAUGGAAGAUUACAACAGAUCAAGAUCAUAUUCUUACUCUCAUGGGAAUGAUAUGAUGCAGAUGGAGAGUUAUCAUGGUCCACAAAGGCCACCAACUUCCUCUUAUGAGCUCAGGUCCUAUAGUACUUCCUAUGCACAGACUCAGAUGGCUAACAGCAACUAUAACACCAACAAUUUCGGCAACCACAGGGACUUUAAGCUUAAGAAAGGAAAGGGCAAUUCUGGGUCAUCUUCUUCAAAGUCUUGGAGUUUUGAUGACCCUGAGUUUCAAAGGAAGAAGAGGGUUGCUAGCUAUAAAAUGUAUAGUGUUGAAGGCAAAGUGAAAGGGACUUUCAGGAAGAGCUUCAGGUGGCUUAAAGAUAGGUACACACAAGUGAUGUAUGGAUGGUGGUGA